GAAAACAUGAAGAACAUCGGACUUUGCGAGUGACCCAUCGCGUGUUGGUAGAGGCGUUUACCAAAGUUUGCUUUGCCGAUUGCGAAACGUGAUUGGUAAACCGUUUGCCAGAAUAUACCCUGACCCAGACGGUUAUGAUGGACCAGAACUUUUGCAUUAUAUUAUGCAUCUUUUUUGUAUCUCAGUCGGUGAUGGCUUUUAACAUUGAUCCUUCUACAUGGAAAAUGUUCACUCCAAAAGAGAAAGUAUCCUUUGGCUAUAAGAUUAUACAGAAAGACACAUCAAGUCUGAUUGUGAGUGAUCCUUUAAUUCAAACCGGAGAUAAACGAGGACAGAUUUAUAACUGUGCGGUCACAGAUGGAACCUGCUCAUCACUGAACAUCAAUGUUCCUCCAGAAGCUGUCAACAUGUCUCUUGGGCUUUCCAUGGUUCAAGAUCCACAAUCUUCAAAAGUGGUGGUUUGUGGCCCAACCAUUCCAAAGAAAUGUGUAGCAGCUACCAACUACAGAGGCAUGUGCUUUAUCCAAGAAAACAAUAAUUUUAAACCACCAUUCCCCAACGCUAUAUACCAAGAUUGUCCUGGUCAGAUUGACAUAGCUUUUCUAUUAGAUGGAUCUGGGAGUGUAGGAUCUUAUGAUUUUGAGAUCAUGAAGACUUUUGUGACAAAUAUAAUCAAACGUUUUACUGGGCGGGAUGGACAGUUUGCCAUUGCUCAAUACUCCAGAUAUUGUACUAUUCACUACAAUUUCAUUGAACUCAAAACUGAAGACUACAGAUGGGAAUCUAAGGUGAAAGGUAUCAAUUACUUCGGUGGUGGCACUUACACUGCAUCAGCCAUCCGAAAACUUGUGGACGAGCUAUUUACUCCAGGUGGAGGGGCAAGACCAUCAGCCAAAAAAAUCUUGCUUGUUAUUACUGAUGGAGAGUCUCAUGACUCGAGAUCAUUGAAAUCUGUAACAUCACAGGCAGAUGCAAAGAACAUAGUACGAUUCGCAAUUGGGGUUGGCGAUGCUUUUAAUAAAUACAGUGCAAGAGAGGAGUUAAAGACAAUUGCUUCUGAUCCAGAGAAAGAUCAUGUUUUUAAAGUGACUGACUAUAGUGCACUAAAUAAUAUUCUUCAAAAACUGGAAGAGAACAUUAUUGGCAUUGAAGGAACUCAGACUUCAGGGGACUCCUCUAGAAUGGAGUUUGCACAGGAUGGAUUCAGCACAGCCUUCACACCAUAUGGAAGUGUGUUGAUGAGUGCUGUUGGAGCUUUCCAGUGGAAAGGUGGUUACCAGGAAGAUGAUUCAAGUAGCUCCUUUCAAGCAGGCAAUGAGCAUGAUAGCUAUCUAGGUUAUUCGAUGGCUGUUGCAACAGUUUCAGGGACCAGCUAUGCUAUUCUUGGAGCACCAAGAUACAAGCAUCGAGGAAGAGUCAUUGUAUCACGUAUCAGAACCAAUCAAAACAAAGAGCUGGAAUUUCCCAUGCCUCAGAUUGGCUCAUAUUUUGGAGCUGAGGUUUGUGUGGUGGAUUUGAACAGUGACUCCAGAACAGACCUCCUGUUGGUAUCAGCACCAAUGUACAUGGAGCCUGACCGGGAGGGCAAAGUGUUUGUUUACAUCUUUACGAGUCAGUUCACUUUUUCUGGUGUGGUGCUGGUGGGAAUGUCAAGUCAGAGGGGUCGGUUUGGUUCUUCUCUUGCCAGUCCAGCAGAUCUAAAUAAUGAUGGUUAUAUGGAUGUGCUGAUUGGAGCUCCUUUAGAGGAUGACGGACGGGGCAGUGUCUACAUAUUCAAUGGAGGAGUAGAUCAAAUAGAUCCCAAAUAUUCACAGAGGAUUGCUGGAUCAUUGGCACAAUCAGGUUUGCAGUUCUUUGGGAUUUCAUUGAGUCAGUCAUCUCUAGACCAGAGUGGUGACAGCCUUCCUGAUAUUGCUGUUGGGUCCAUGGGAGCAGUUCUGCUUCUUAGGUCCAGGCCCAUCGUGCGCUUGGGAAACAAAGUAACUUAUAACCCAUCCAAAAUACCAACCAAUGUAACAGACUGCACAAAGACAUUGCAAAAUACCCUGACCGUGUGCUUCAACAUUAAUGGAUUCAAACGUGGCCUAACAGAUUUAGCUGCAAAUAUUAAUUACACCAUAACUCUGGAUGCCAAGCGACAGAAAUAUCGAGCAUAUUUCUCGUUCAAAAACCGCCUCCACAAUAAUGUGAUGAAAAUUAAAUUGCAAGAAGUUUGCAAAAAUCAUAUUUUUUUCAUAGAGGCUUGUCCAGAAGAUGCUCUGAACCCAUUGUCCAAUCAGUUACAUUUUACAUUUGAGGGUCUACCGUCUAGAACAAUGCAAAACUUGCGGCCAAUACUCAAUCAAAAUAUAAAGACCACCACAGACCACAAUCUAGAUUUUGAGAGAGACUGUGGAACUGAUUAUACAUGUAUCGAUAACUUAAGAAUGGAUUUUAAUUUCUCUGGAGCUAGAAAUAUAGAGGUUGGGAUCAUGCAGGAGAUCAAUGUGACCGUGUUUGUAGAGAACAGAGGAGAACACUCGUACAACACAGAGUUCAAACUUAACUACCCCUUUGGACUUUCCUACAGGAGAAUCACAUCUAAACAGGGCAGAGUGGAGUGUGUGUCUCUGGAUGGUGUGCAAGGAGUUAAACCAGGAGAAACCACCUGCUACAUCAGUAAACCCAUCCUCAAGGGCAACUCUCAGGUUGUGUUUGAGUUUACAUACAGUAUUACUAAAGAAAUUUCACUGGGCCAAAAUGUGAUGUUUAAGGCUGCGGUCACAAGUGGAAAUGACAAACAUUCUCAAGAGAGUGAGUUACUCAAAGAAAAGACCAUUGGCGUCAAAUAUGGCAUCUCUAUUGCCAUGAUAAGGGAUGAUCAUUCCACCAUCCACAUUCGUUUUACUUCAGGGAAAAAGGAUCUUAUGAAACCAGUCCAGCAGAUAAUAAAGAUUGAAAAUGAGUUUAGAGAAUUAACUUUCAAGGUUUUCAUCAGAGUACCAGUGAAAGUUGGUGAUGCUGAUAUCUGGAGUAAUUCAAGUCUGCAAAUUUCUGGCUGUAAAUGGGAGAAAACGACAAAGCCUGUUAUUGCCAAUUUUAUGGACAUUAUUAAAGGUCAACUUACAGUGAACUGCUCUGUGGCGGAGUGUUCCGAGUUCAGCUGUGACGUCACUCUUAUAAAGAAUGAAAAGAUGUUCUAUAAUAUAACUGGCAAUGUAAACUCUGGAUGGAUUGAGCAGAUUGGACUCGGAGCUGCUGUUUUUCAGCUGGUCAGUUCAGCAUCUAUGGAUUAUGACAAGAGCAAAUAUGUUUUAUUUUACUCUGAUUCUCAACAAACUGCACCAUCUGUUCAGAUUAAUACUCGAGUGGAGGUGUAUGAGGAGGUUAAUACUCAAGUGGAGGUGUAUGAGGAGGAUAAUCUGACUAAAGAGAUCAUUGGGGGUGUAAUAGGAGGACUGCUGCUUCUGACUCUCAUAACAGGGGUCCUCUAUAAGGCUGGGUUCUUCAAAAGCCAGUACAGGGAGAUGCUGGAGGAGGCACAGCGGGAUGCAGGAGGACAGCCAAACAUGUCACACUAAUCUGCAAUCAUUCCAUUUUAAGAUAUUAGUGUGUUUUGUGUGUGGUUGAGAAUGAAACAUGAAUUUAUUUGUCAGCUCAGAAUGAAAUGUUGUAUUUCGGCCUAACUUUGAACACUUAAUAAGAAUGAUAUUAGGAUAUCAAAUCACAUCACUAUUCAUUGUUAUCAAGAGGGUCUGGCUGCAGACUUGUACUUGAACUCUCAGACUUGCACUCUGACACUUGCACUUCCGCUAGUGACAUCACUUCUUCUUCUUCUUCUUUCGGCUUUUCCCUUCAGGGGUCGCCACAGCGAAUCAUCUCUAUCCACCUAUCCCUAUCUUCUGCAUCCUUAACACUUGCAUCCACUUGCUUCAAAUCCUCAUUAAUUCCAUCUAUAUACCUCCUCUUUGGUCUUCCUCUUUGCCUCCUGCCUGGCAGCUCCAUGUCCAACAUUCUCCUACCAAUAUACUCACUCUCCCUCCUCUGAACAUGUCCAAACCAUCUUAAUCUGGCCUCCCUAACUUUGUCUCCCAAACGUCCAACAUGAGCUGUCCCUCUGAUGUACUCGUUCCUAAUCCUGUCCAAUCUUGUCACUCCCAAAGAUAACCUCAACAUUUUCAGCUCUGCUACCUCUAGCUCUGAUUCCUGUUUCUUCCUCAGUGCCACUGUCUCUAAACCAUACAACAUAGCUGGUCUCACCACUGUCCUGUACACCUUCCCCUUGAUUCUCGCUGAUAUUUUCCUAUCACACAGAACUCCCGACACCUUUCUCCUGUCUGACCUCCUUUGACAACUGGUCCAUCACUAUAGCAAACAGGAAGGGGCUCAGAGCCGAUCCCUGAUGCAGUCCCACCUCCACUUUGAACUCCUCUGUCUGACCUACAGCCCCACUCACCACUGUCCUGCUCCUCUCAUACAUGUCCUGCACCACUCUGACAUACUUCUCUGCUACUCCUGACUUCCUCAUACAGUACCACAGCUCUUCUCUUGGCACCCUGUCAUACGCUUUCUCCAAGUCUACAAACACACAGUGCAACUCCCUCUGACCAUCCCUAUACUUCUCCAUCAAAAUUCUCAGAGCAAAAAUUGCAUCUGUUGUGCUCUUUCUGGGCAUGAAGCCAUACUGCUGCUCACAAAUUUCCACUACCUUCCUUAACCUAGCUUCCACUACUCUUUCCCAUAGCUUCAUUGUAUGGCUCAUCAACUUUAUCCCCCUAUAGUUGCUGCAACUCUGUAUAUCACCCUUAUUCUUAAAGAUCGGCACUAACACACUUCUUCUCCAUUCCUCAGGCAUCCUCUCACUCUCUAAAACCCUGUUGAACAAACUAGUCAAAAAUUCCACGUCUACCUCUCCUAGACAUUUCCAUACCUCCACCGGGAUGCCGUCAGGACCAACUGCCUUUCCACUUUUCAUCCUCUUCAAAGCCUUCCUGACUUCAUCCUUUCCAAUUUUAGUGACAUCACUUGCAGUCUUUAUUUAUUUAUUUUAUUUUAUUUUUUUAAUUAAAUUUUUUUUUUUUUUUACUGUUUUUACUUUUUUAAAUUUCCCAACAUUUUAUAACAGUAGCCAGGUGGCAAAGACAAGAAAAAAUAAACUAAAUUACAAUGUCACUUGCAAUCGCUACUUGGACUCUCUGCUACCUGCGACACUUGCAAUCGACACAAAUCGUGCGUGUUGCCAAUGGAUACAAGAAGCUGUGGUGGUGAUUAAACGAUUAAACCUAAUUCAGUACUAUAACGUACAGGGUCCUGCAAGAAAAAGACAAGACCGGGAAAGCUGUGGCCAGAACACCGGAAUAUGAACGUUUGUGCAAAGUCUCUCGCUAAUCGUUUUCCUCCCGUAGAAAAACAUAAACAAUUAACAUGGCUUAAUGUAUUAAGAUGCUAUUAAAAUAUCAAAUUAAAUAUACAGUUCAUUAUUUGAAUGAAUAUGGUGACACGUGUCCUGAGCUUUCCUCAGCGUCGCCCUGGAAACCGAGCAGUCACACCUGCACCUGCUUGUCACUGGCUAAGUGGCCACACCUUCACCCCAUCAAGUUCUAGUUAUUUAAACCCAGCAAACAAACGCAGAGGUGAGAGAUGGCAAGGGGAAACAGAACGUGAGCAUGCCGUGCUCUGUCUCGCCACUGGCCCGUGAACUCCGCUACCUGACCCCCUGAUCACCUAACCUGUACUUUGAUCUCUAUCAGCAGGUGACUGGGGCGAGGGGUUUCUCCAAGGAGCAGCACAAGGAUGACCGCCUCAAGCACUGUUGGGCCCAGGUGAGGGUUGCGGAAGGAAGAGAGCUCCAGCCAGAACCCCACUCAACGCCUCACUUUAUAGUGAAAAAUGGCCUGCUUUACAGUGUCGCGCAGCGGAGGGGGGGGGGGGGACCCUGCUUGUCGUCCUGUGCAGCAAGACAGGGGCAGUGAUAGAGAUAGCCCACGCACACCCGAUGGCAGGCCACCUAUGGGCUCAGAACACGAUCCAGCACUUCCGCGACCGAUUCCACUGGCCGGGCCUAGAAGACCGUUGGUUCUGCCAGGCCUGCCCAACCUUCCAAAGGACGCCACCUUGGACCCCUCCCGCCAGCCCGCUGAUACCGCUGCUCAUCAUUGAGGUGCCCUUUGAGCGGAUUGGGAUGGAUUUGGUGGGGCCGCUGCCGAAGUCCACCCGGGGGAUUGAACACAUCCUCGUCAUCGUAGAUUAUGCCACCCGCUACCCUGAGGCCACACCCCUCUGUAAAGCCAACAAGAAGUACAUUGCCCGGGAGCUGUUCCUCUUCUUCAGUCGGAUUGGCAUUCCCUCCCAGAUUCUGACUGACCAGGGCACCCCGUUCAUGUCCCGGAUGAUGGCAGAUGUCUGCAAGCUCUAGAGGUCCAACAGCUCUGCACCACGGUGUACCACCCCCAGACGGGCUCGUCGAGCGGUUCAAUCAGACCCUCAAACAGAUGUUGUGCCGAGUAGCGGCCGAAGAUAAGCGGGACUGGGUCAAGAUGCUACCCUAUAUGCUCUUUGGUGUCUGAUAGAUCCCUCAGGCCUCCACAGGCUUUACACUGUUCAAGCUGUUCUUCGGCCAACAGCCCCGCGGUCUGCUUGACGUUGCCCGAGAGGCCUGGGAACAACAGCCGGCGGUACACUGCACCACCGUGGAACACGUGUGCGAGAUGCGGGAGCGGAUCGACCAAGUCAUACCCAUUGCCCAGGAGCACCUCAUCAAGGCACAACAGGUGCAACAGCGGCACUACAACCGGGUGGCCCAACCGCGGGAGUUCCAGUGAGAAGACCACGUUCUGGUUCUGGUCCCCAAAGCCACCUGCAAGUUCUUGGCUAACUGGCAGGGGCUGUACACCAUCACCGAAGGUUGGCCCCGUUACGUACCAUGUGCGGCAACUGGGCAGAAGGAAAGAGGACCUGCUCUACCACAUCAAUCUCCUGAAGCGCUGGUUAGGGACUGUGCCUCAACUCUCUGCCUACACCAGCUCGACUCCCGUGGUUGUUGAUAUGGAUCUCCAACUCUCGGCCGCCCAGAAGUCGGAGCUGCAACACCUGUUAGUCAGUUUCCGGAUGUGUUCUCCCCCCAGCCUGGGCAGACCCACGUCCGCACACCACCGGGGACCAUCGUCCGGCAGCGGCCCUACCGUGUCCCGGAAGCUCGGCGACACACCAUCGAGGAAUAUGUGCAGGAGAUGCUGAGGUUAGGGGUAAUUGAACCGUCACGCAGCCCAUGGUCCAGCCCCAUUGUCAUGGUUCUAAAGCCUGACGGCACCCUCUGCUUCUGUAACGACUUCCGCUGCCCAAGAAAACUUGCAAUGUACAAUUUAACGCACUGCGUUCUGUACUCGUCUGCUUGCCUGUCUGGAGUUGAUCCUUUUUAAAUCACUUGUUAAGGCAUUCCAUAAUGCACGUUCAUAUUUGCUGGUCUGUAUAUACAUUGAGUCAACAACAAGACAUAUAGCCUAGGCCUACUGAAUUUUCUUUAUCAUCUUAGUCUGUUAUUAGGCCACAUUAAGCUUUUGCUGUAUGGGAGGACAAAGUUUGCGUAUUGCGUUCAUAGUCAUCUGCUUGCCUUGUAGUACAUUAAAUAGUAACUAUAUAUCGAAUUAGUUUUUUGAAUUGAACUUAAUGUAUCUUAAUACAUUUUGCCAUAUUAAGUGUUUGUUUUUUCUACAAGAGGAAGACGCUUAACGAAAGGCUAUGCAUUGCGUUUAUAUUCUGCUGUUCUGUGGCCACUGAUUUGCCGGUCCUGUCUUUUUCUUGCAGGACCCUGUACAAUAUAGUAGUAGGAGAGUGCAAGUGGUGAUUGCAAGUGACCUUGUAAUUUAGUUUCUUAUUUCUUAUCUUCACCACCUGGCUACUGUUGUAAAAUGUUGAGAGAUUCAUACAAAAAGUUACCAAUAAAUAGAAAAAAAUUAAAAAAUAAAGACUUCAAGUGACGUCGCUAGCGGAAGCACAAGUGUCUGAGAGUGCAAGUCUGAGAGUGCAAGUGCAAGUCUGCAGCCAAACCCUUCUCAUUGUUAGCAGUGAGCUUAACAAUGAGUUACCACAAUGUAAGUACUGCAAUGAAAGUCAUCUUGCAAAUAUAGUUUAUCUUCCUUCUUUGUUUUAAAAAUUGAUAAACUAUAUCAUAGCAGAAAUAUCAGUAAUAUCCAAGGGCCUUUUUCUGACAUGCAGAAUGUUUUUGAGAUGUUUUCUUAUCGUGUUUCUUUAGAUUUCUUUAAUAUGGAAGGCUGUUUCAGUCACAGAAUGAAAAUGCAUUGCAUCAUGUUAUCUUACAAUUUGGAAUUUUGAACGUCUUUAUUCUGAAUUUACAUUUAACAAUUCUAAGAUAAUAUAUCACAAAUCAAUUUUUUCUCUGAAUUGUUUACAUUAUUUCUGAUUUUGUCUCUGAUUUUUUUUUUUAAAUAACAAUUACAAUAUUUGUCUUGUAAUCACUAGUUUACUAAUAACUUAUUAUAAUUAUUACUAUUAUUCUUAUACCGUAACUGAAAUGCUUCCAUACUAUAAUAGGGUUUUGCUCUGGGUGUAAUAAAAAAAAGACAUUGCUUUCUGCUUAAUCAGAUUAGAUUGAUAAAUAAUAUCAGAAAUAUGGUAGGAAUUCAGUUAUAUUUUAUCACUUUACACAACAGAGAUUAAGGGGGGGGGGUGAAAUGCUCGUUUUCACUCAAUAUCCUGUUAAUCUUGAGUACAUAUAGAGUAGUACUGCAUCCUUCAUAACUCCAAAAAGUCUUUAGUUUUAUUAUAUUCAUAAGAGAAAGUUAGUCUGUACUGAUUUUUCCCGGAAAAACACGAGCGCCUGGAGGCAUGACGUGUGGGCGGAGCUAAAGAAUCACGAGCGCCAGUAGGCUUUUGCGUUAAGAGCAUGUGGAAACUGUGACAUUACCGUGAGGGAAAAACCAUCAUCCAAAACAAACCAUGGCUUACAGUCAGAUUCAGGCGUUUAUUUAUGAUCCAGAAUCAGAUCCCGAGGCUGAAACUGAACGAGAGCAGCAGCAGCAACGACUCGCUCCGAGCGGUGCUGGAACCCGGGUCUCCGGCAUGGGAGGGGACGCACUAACAAGGAGACAGAGAUAUUUUAAGCAGUUUUACUCACCGCCUGCGGUUCCAACACACGAUCGUGUCCCUUUUUCGUUGGGAUUGCAUCAUCCUUAAGAAAUAAACGAUACGCAAAUCCGUCGUCAAACUGGGCCUUGUUUGUAAAACAAGCAUCUUCGAAAUGCAGGGAACAAACAAAAACACUUGCACAACUCCGUUGAUGCUCUGUAAAAAUAAACUCCAUCCACUGGUCCCUUAAUGCUGUUUUUUUUUUUUUUUUUGGUAAUCUGUGCAGGGUUGUCUUGCCCUGGCAAGC